CAGUAAGACCACCAAAUUCAUUUUCACUGCAAUGGAGAAUCAGUCUCUGGGGUCAGUGAAAGUGUGUUAAUCUACUUUAUCUGCUAGCUUAGAGAAAAUUGCAUAUUUAAGCCUCUUGUUAUGAAGCCCGCUACAUCAGUCUCUAAUUAAUGUGUUGGACACGCUGUGUGAGGCUGUUGUACCUUCACAAACACUGUGUGCAUCGCUACUGUAUUCCUCUCAGUAGCAUCAGCUUCAGCAUCAGCAUCAGCAGCAGCUCCAUCAGCAGCAGCAGCACACGGAGGCAGCAGCACAUUGGUUAACACUGUACAUAACCUCCUCGCAAAUUGCACAGCUUCGGCAGCAACACAUCCAUUAGUCUGGAAAAGACAGCGUUCCCAAGUGGCUCCAGUGCAUUUUUCCCCCCAAUUCUCCUGUCACCAGCCAAUCCUCUGUAUGCUUUCUCCUGCAUGUAGGGAGUGCUCAGCACUAAUCAGGUCAAUGAUCAUCCCAAGUCUCAGGGGAGCUGACAGGAGCCCGUCGCCCUAGUUAGAAGCUCGCCCCCCUUGUCCAGGGCACAGUGGCUGGAGAUUUUCUACUCAGAUCAGUGUGGUACAAUACUACUCUACAAGAGAAGCUCUCAGGAUUUUAAAAAAAAAAAAAAAGGGAAAUCGCAGAGGCACUACAAGCAGUUUCUUCAACCUGCUGGGUGUUGGUUUGCCUGUUCAGCUGUUUGGUGCUUGAGCUGUAGGGAAGGAAAAGCAUCUCAAUUAAGCCUCUUUCCACGUUAAAAAAGGAAUCCCUUAUGGAAGUUUGCAGACUGUCAUUAAGGCUGCACAAGUUGUUCUUUAGAUGUGCACACAUGUAGCAAAAUAGAAGAAACGGAUUACUGCCGUAUCUAGAAUUCAGUAAAAUGGACUUCAACAAAUAGACUUCAAGGGGCAUAUACAUUUCUCUCUGUUUUCAAAGGAGCCCAGAAAAGCAGUUCUGGAAAAUGAUGCCUUUCGUCUUGAAAUCUCUGUGUCAGAUAAAUAUAGAGCUGUGAGAUUCAGUAUCUGAUGAGGAAUAUAUGAAACUCUAAACGCUUCCAGGGACGGACCUGGGUCUCAUUGGAACUGUCAGCUAUGAUGGGCUUCUCGGAAUCUUUGUGUUAGUAGAUCAUCCAUUCCCUGUUUGGAAAGGAACUCUCUAAAACAGAAAAGGUUAUUGUCAGGACACCUGAUAUGAACAUGCUUGUUCCAAGUCAGUUACUAAGAAAUUAAACAAAACUUAGGAUAACAGCCCUGGACUAUGCACCUUCAAAAACAGAAAACCGUUGGUGAAUAUCAAUAAGAUGACAAGCGUGUCACCGAAGGAAAUACUUUUUAUGUGUGUUUUGCAACAGUAAGAGUUUUAUGGUGAGGAACAAGCACAGUUCAAGCUGGAUCCUACAGUUCUACAAGUGUUGGAGUUUUAACUACGGAGCUGUAGGGACAGCAUUUCCAAUGCUUACAAGGAACUGCUUAUCGCUGCUUCUUUGGUUCCUGUUUGAUGGAGGUCUCUUAACGCCACUGCAUUCACAGCAACCACCACAAACUUCAGCAUUCAAGCAAAAGGAAAAUGUUAUUAUCACGAUGUCGGGCAGGAGAACAUUUGCACAGAGAGUUAAGCGUGGAUGGGUAUGGAAUCAAUUCUUUGUGCUUGAAGAAUAUAUGGGAUCUGAACCACAAUAUGUGGGAAAGCUCCACUCUGACUUGGACAAAGGAGUUGGAUCAGUGAAAUACACAUUGUUGGGUGAUGGUGCUGGCACAAUAUUUACAAUUGAUGACACCACAGGUGAUAUCCAUGCUAUUAAAAGUUUGGACAGAGAAGAAAAAGCAUUCUAUACAUUACGUGCUCAAGCUGUGGAUAUUGUCAAUGGAAAGCCAGUGGAGCCAGAAUCAGAGUUCAUAGUAAAAGUUCAGGACAUUAAUGAUAAUGAGCCAAAGUUUUUGGAUGGCCCUUAUGUUGCCAGUGUUCCUGAAAUGUCUCCAGUUGGUGCCUAUGUACUUCAGGUGAAAGCAACUGAUGCUGAUGAUCCUACAUAUGGAAGCAGUGCAAGAGUGGUUUAUAGCAUUCUUCAGGGACAACCUUAUUUUUCUAUUGAUCCUAAGACAGGUGUCAUCAGAACAGCUUUACCAAACAUGGACAGAGAAGUCAAAGAACAGUAUCAAGUUCUUAUACAAGCCAAGGAUAUGGGAGGGCAACUAGGAGGUUUAGCAGGAACUACAACUGUUAAUAUUACGCUUACUGAUGUUAAUGACAAUCCCCCUCGAUUUCCAAAAAGUAUAUUUCAUCUAAAAGUACCAGAAAGUUCUCCAGUAGGAUCACCAAUUGGAAGGAUAAGAGCAGUGGAUCCUGAUUUUGGAAAAAAUGCUGAAAUAGAAUACAGUAUUGUUCCUGGAGAUGGUGGGAAUCUUUUUGACAUCAAAACAGACAAUAAUACACAGGAGGGAAUAUUAAUCCUAAAAAAGCCACUAGAUUUUGAGACAAAAAAAGCAUACACAUUUAAAGUGGAAGCCUCCAAUACUCAUGUGGAUCAUCAUUUCAACUCAGUGGGACCAUUUAAAGAUACUGCAACUGUAAAAAUAAAUGUGUUAGAUGUUGAUGAGCCUCCAGUUUUUAGCAAACCCUUUUACACAAUGGAAGUAUACGAGGACACUCCUGUUGGCACAAUCAUAGGAGCUGUGACAGCACAAGAUCUAGACAUCGGAACCAGCCCUGUCAGGUAUUCUCUUGACACAAAUGACAUGAACAAUAAUUUUUCUGUUGAUCCAAUUGAAGGAACGAUUGCAACAAAUGAACUAUUGGAUCGAGAGAGCACUGCACAAUUUAACUUAUCAAUAAUCGCAAGUAAAAUUAGCAAUCCACAACUGACUAGUUUGGUACAAAUCAUUAUACAUGUACUGGAUGUUAAUGAAUUUCCCCCUGAGGUGACAGUGCCAUAUGAGAUAUCAGCAUGUGAUAAUUCCAAACCAGGACAGAUCAUCCAAAUUAUCGGUGCUGCUGACAAGGAUAUGUCACCUGCAGGGCAGAAAUUUUCCUUCAGAAUGCCACCUGAUGGUUCCACAAACCCCAAUUUUACCAUCCAUGACUAUAAAAAUAACUCAGCUGGCAUAGUUGCUCAGAGACAUGGGUAUAGCAGGAGACAGAAAGAAUUCUAUUCGCUUCCAGUGGUGGUAGAGGACAGCAGUUAUCCUAUUCAAAGCAGUACAAGCACACUGACCAUUAGAGUAUGCAGAUGUGAUUCAAGGGGAGUGGUCCUUUCUUGCAAUGCGGAAGCUAUUUUUUUACCAGUUGGACUAAGCACAGGAGCUUUGAUAGCAAUUCUACUGUGCAUUAUCAUACUUUUAGUUAUUGUAGUACUCUACGUAGCAUUAAGAAGACAGAAAAAAAAGGAUGGCCUAAUGACCUCAAAAGAAGAUAUAAGGGACAAUGUUAUCCAUUAUGACGAUGAAGGAGGUGGGGAGGAGGACACACAAGCCUUUGACAUUGGUGCUCUAAGAAAUCCAAAGGUGAUUGAAGACAAUAAUGUUCGCAGAGACAUAAAACCUGAACCUUUGUGUCUGCCUCAUCAAAAACCAUCAGCAGAAAACAACAGUGAUAUCAGAGAUUUUAUCAAUGAAAGGCUUCAAGCGCAUGAUGUGGACCCAAAUGCUCCCCCAUAUGACUCACUAGCUACAUAUGCCUAUGAAGGUUCAGGAUCUGUGGCAGAAUCUUUAAGUUCUAUAGAGUCACUACGAAUGGAGACAGAUCAGAAUUAUGAUUUUUUAAGUGACUGGGGACCCCGUUUUAAAUUAUUGGCAGAAAUGUUUGAAGAAGAAAAAUAUAAUGCUGGCAACAUUACUUAACUUAUAGACUGAAAAUGACCAACAAUCAACAAGCUUUAUCUAGACUAUGUAAAAAAAAAAAAGAAAAAAAAAGUUUUAUACUAAAAUGCUACAAUAUUUAUCAUACUGUCAGUUUUCGUUUGUUUCACAGCUGGAAGGUUGAUCCUGUAAUGAAAUAAAAAUGUUUUUGCUAUUUUUCAUUGAAACUGAGAAACUCAGGUGUGUUAUCUACAAUUUAAUGAAAUGACACUUUGAGAAUAAAUAUAAUUUAUUGGCAUUAUGGUGGAAAGAGGGGAAGAUUUUUUUAAUUCCACUGAAUUGCCUGCUGAGGCCUUUAUCCUGAUAUAUGCAGUGAAGACCAGGAAAGAAUUUUAAACACAAAUGUGAUGUCAAAAACAUGGCAGAAGCAAAUAUUUCUCUUUACUAUAGACAAACCCAGUUAUUUAGCAUUUUAAAAAACUUGUUUCCCUUUCAAUCUUUGUGAUGUCUCUUAUUUCACACGUUCAUCCUCUGAUUGAACACUAUGCAAUCAUAAGCAAAUAAAAUAAAAAAAAACUCUCAACAUUGUAUUUUAAGGAUAUUUUGCUUUAGAAAACAAAACAAUUAUAUAGCUGAUUUUUUAUUACAAAAAAAAAAACAAAUUAUAGGUUUAGUGGUGACAAAAUGGAAGAAUGUGUUGGCUAUAAACUGAACAAUUUCGAACAAUCUAUUUUUUUUUUUUUAAACAUGAUGAAUAAAAAAAAAACUCUUCAAACAUAUUACCUACCCUAGAAGUACAUGAGAUUGAAAUCAAUGUUUCAAGUACUUAAAAUUAAAGGAAGCCUGUACUAAAAGAAAAUAUAGGGUUGUCAGGCCAAAAUACCUAAAAAAAUACCAGUUGUCUGGCUGUCUUAUAGAAUACAUUCUGAGUUACUGUCCUGGAACAAAGUAACGUCAAACCUAUUAGUUAUUGUUUGUGCAUCAGAAAAUAUUACAAUCAUUGCAACUGCAUGCCAGCUAGGCAACUAGCAUUUUCAGAAAGAGAAAUCAGCAUUGGCAGCCUUAAAAUUUUCAUAGUACAGCAUAUCAUUAACAAAUACCAAAAGCUAGAAUUAUUUUUAAUGAUAGCAACAAAUGUUUGGCUACCUAAGGACAGGUGUAGAUUGCCAGUAAGGCUUGGGUGUCUGAGACUUUGAGCAGAAAAAUACUAUCAGCCAAAAUAAUUCACAGUAGCCCCACCCUACUGUGGACAACACCUUAUUGACAUUCUUUGUAGUGCAACUAUAGAGUAACAAGCCGCUACAAUCCUUACUUAGAUGGCCUUCUAAAUGGCCUACACCUAACCUAAAGUUCUUUACUAUAAAGGACAUGCUGCUCCGAACUGAGAGAACUAAUUUGAGGUGAUCUUAGUUGCUGACACACAUGCACAUACUGUUCUGUAUUUAGAAUUGGAAUACAUUUCUUGAAAAAAACUAAAUUAAUUUUGGAACAAUCUGAAAUAUUGAUAGGUCUGCUGCUUCUUACAACUUCCAAAUAAACAAAUAAAUCCAGGAACAGAUAAAGGGAGGUUCUGGGCUGACUUCUGCAGUUUGUUGUCCUUGUUAGCCCUGUCAGGAUGAGUACAUGUUUAAGUUAUAACCCUUAAGUACUCAGUUUUAUAAUGUGUAUGCACAGUUGAAGUGUCAAAAUGAAAGAUCAGUUAGAUUGUACAUUUUUAGUGAUGUGUUACUAUGUUGAUCCCUAUACUUGGUACUAGCACUGUGGAACAAUCAUAGGGAAAUGUUAUCUAUGAGAAAGUUGUGGUAUUUACAAGAAUGCAAUUAAUGAAUGACCACUGUGUGUGUGUGAUAUCAAAUAUUUUUUGAAUGUUAUUUUUUUUCCAUUAAACACAUUAAAAGAUUAAGUAUUAGAA